CACUCUCAUUCUGCUGACUCUGAACUUGGAGGAUUAGUUGGCGAGCCGGGAGAGAGUUUGUCCAUCUCAGUGAAUCUGAGUGCACAUUCUCUUCCACUUUUCUUUCGGGCUCCCCUGUGUUUUCUCCCUGCAAUUGGGAUAAAGCCGUGCUUUUGUAGGUCCGCAAUGAACCAGAAGGUCGUCCUCAUCACUGGCUGCUCCUCAGGAAUUGGCUUAGCGCUAGCAGUGCGCAUUGCCAAGGAUGAGAAGAAGAGAUUCAUGGUCUAUGCCACCAUGAGGAACCUUGCCAAAGGCGAGGCCCUGGUAGAGGCUGCGGGUAAGACCCUGGGACGAACCCUGGAGAUCAAACAGCUGGACGUGUGUAACGAGGAGUCCAUCAAGGCCUGUGUGGACAGUCUCCCAGACCGCAGAGUGGACAUCCUCAUAAGCAAUGCAGGGAUGGGCCUUAUUGGGCCGAUCGAGUGCCAAACUAUAGACGAGAUGAGAAACGUCAUGGACACCAACUUCUUCGGUUUGAUUCGACUCCUCAAAGAACUUCUGCCAGACAUGAAGAGGAGGAAGAAAGGCCAUAUUGUAGUCAUAAGCAGUGUCAUGGGAAUCCAAGGAAUUUUGUUCAAUGAUGUCUAUGCUGCAUCCAAAUUUGCUUGUGAAGGGUUCUGUGAGAGUCUUGCGGUUCAAGCCCUGAGAUUUAACCUGAAUAUUACACUCAUUGAGCCCGGCCCGGUCAUCACUGAAUUUGAACGUAAGGUCUACGAGGAAGGCGUGAAGAUAGACCUUUCAAAAGCCGACAAGGUGACGGCUGACAUGUUCACCAACAUUUACAUGAAAAACUAUGGCCAGAUCUUUGAGAGCCUUGGCCAGACACCUGAGGAUGUAGCAGAGCACACACACAAAAUCAUCACAAUGGACAACCCGCCCUUCCGCCAUCAGACAAACACUCUGUACACCCCAAUGACCACUCUAAAGUACGCUGACCCAGAAGGAGAUCUGCCCAUUGACACCUUCUACAAGAUGGUGUUCGAGCAUGACAAGGUGUUCAAUGCCAGCCUCAACUUUCUCAAGCUACUGCGCUGGAGAAGUCGCAAGAGCUUCAGUCUGGAGAAAGAGGAGAAAAAAUCCUAAUCAGCCACCUACAUACUCUAUGCUACAUUUACAUUUGCCUUUAUUCAUUUGGCGGAGGCAUUUGUCUAAAGCGACUUACAGCAGUGGAAUAACAUUUGAACUUUUAAUCAUAUUUAGAUUUAAGCCACAGAGCUGCAGUACAACAAUAGAAUAAAUUUAAGCUAUUAACAUUUAAGCAUUUUAAGAUUUAAACUUUUUAAACUACAGGGCUACAGCUACAGCAUUAGAAUAACGUUUAAGCACAGUGCAGAGAAAAAUAUAGCUAGGAGUUAUCGCUGUAUCUGUCAAUACUAGUGCUAGAGGAUAGGAGUGUCUAUUAAGUACCAGUAGAAGUAUGGAGGAGAAGUGGUAGAAGAGGAUAUAGAGAAGAAGAGAGAGAGAAGUGGAGUGGGAGGAGGGAUGAGUGUGUAUUAGGUGUGUGAGGAGAGAAGGUAUUCUUGGGAGAGUUGUGUCUUCAAGAGCUUUUUGAAGAUAGAGAGGGAUGCCCCUGCUCUGAUGGAGCUUGGCAGAUUUUUCCACCAUCGGGGGACCACAGAUGAAAAAAGUCUGGAUUGCCGUGAAAGUGGGGGCGGCAGUGGCAGAGUGGAGGAGCGCAGGGGCCGAGGGGUAACUUAAGCUUUUAUGAGAGCACUUAAGUGGGUGCAGACCCAACAAUCACUUUGUUUGCAAGUAUUACUGACUUGAAUUUGAUGCAGGCGGCUAAGGGAAGCCAGUGGAGCUCAGUGAACAAUGUCUGCUUGUUUGUUCUGUACAGAGGUCUGUGUUCCUUAGUUAUUCUUUGUAAGUUGACAUUUUAUAUUUCUCCUUGUUUUUUGAUUGAACUCCAUGAGGAAACGAGAAAAGAAACCAUCAUUGUGAUGAAUCACAGACGAAAUGACCGAGUAUACUGAGUUCUGCUGAUCAGGAUAGAUCACUUGCUCAAACCCCUGUGAACCUCAUGAGUGGAUCUUGAAUUGGGCUGUGUUUAAUAAAGAGAACAAACCAAAAA